ACCUGUUAAGAUUGUCACCUUUGUCCAGCGAGUCAAAAAAGACUACGUUCAUUGAGGGCCGGCCAACACUGCAAACGAAUGCGCAGUAGAACGGAAGCUUGAAUUUUACUAAACAAGGUAAAGUUGUACUAUCCAUAAAAUUGUGCUGUCGAAUUUGUGUUUGUUAAAGGACGAUAGCUACCCCGACGCCACCAUGAAUUGGCCAUCUGCUCGUCCGAGGACAUUUAUUGAGAUCACCCUGGCUAUGCUGCUAGUUAUUGUGCUCGCAUUUCCGAGGACAGGUCACUGUUUCCAAGAUUACACAACAUGUGGCAAGCAGAAAGUGCCCUUAAGUGGGGAGGUGGCCAUCGUUGGUGGCAAACCGGCCCAGGUUGGAGAGUGGCCGUGGCAGGCGCAGAUGCUCUUUCAAGGUCGGGGAAUAUGUGGCGCAUCCCUGGUCCACCCACAAUGGAUCUUAUCUGCAGCACACUGUGUGAGUACUCUCAUAGAUCAGCCGCAGUACUUCGCUUUCAAGAUGGGCAGCAAUAAGUAUGAGGGUGGAGGUGCAAACACGCAAAUAAGAGCAGCCGACAAAGUUUUCAUGCAUCCGAACUACACCAUAUACAACACCGACCACGAUUCCGACGUUGCUCUCUUCAAGCUAGACAACCCGUUCGACCUCAACGACUAUGUGCAGCCUGUGUGCGUUCCGACGGCCGACAUGGCAGACAGCUUCCAAGCCGGCACACAAGUCACAGUGACAGGGUGGGGAUCGACAGGAGAUGGCUCUUCAUAUAGUGAGGACCUACUGGAAGUCUCUGUUCCUAUAGUGGACCAGGAGUGCAAAAGCGCUUACAACGCCCACAACAUCAUUAUUACCGACAACAUGGUGUGUGCUGGAAAGAGCGAUGGUGGCAAAGAUUCCUGCCAGGGAGACAGUGGAGGACCAAUGGUAGCCAAAACGAACGACAAGUGGUUCCAGGUUGGAGUCGUCAGUUUUGGCAUCGGGUGCGCUCUGGCGGAAUAUCCCGGUGUUUACGCGCGCAUGACCGCCUUCCAGGAUUGGAUAGCACCGAUUUUCGAAGGGAAGGACCCAGACCGACAGGACAGCAACUGUACUGAUCGCAGUGAGUACAAGUGUUUGCUAGGAGGCUGCAUACCAUACGAUGCAAAAUGCGACGGAGUUCAUGACUGCUACACUGGUAGUGACGAAAAUGCCAAUUGCGAUUUUCCAGUGAGCAUGUUCGACAUCACUGAAAGCAGCUAUCGCAAUUUCAAACUCACAAACGACUCCAUUCGUAAGACUCAUUUCGCCCCAACGCCAUCAGAGUGUGCGGUUCUUUGUUUAGCCUUCAGUACGUGCGUGGCAUUUGAUUUCACCCCUAACUUCGCAUUGUGUGAUUUGGCUGAGGCUGGUUACAGCUUAAUGGAGACCAUUUUUUACGUUCAACAUUAUGUACUUGGGAAGUUGAAGGAUCCCUUGCCAGUUAUGAAUACCUCAGCCCAUCACGGAUUCAUCGGGUACCCCGUGCAGCUCCUGGACCCUGCUGGCAGUUUGCCCGAUGAGUUUGUCUGGAACAUCGCCCCCAAGGACCUGGUAAAUACGAUCCGCUUCCGCUUCACCGGGUUCCACACAGACGAAGAAGUCUCCCGUGGCAGUCCCUGUGAGAAUUAUCUGUUGGUGGGCGGCAAGAGAAGCCUCCCAGUUUGUUUGUACCAGUAUACAGGCGCAAAAUCCUUCACCUGGAGUGUACUGUCGAACCAGACCAGCGUUAAGCUCCAGACCACAGACAUCUUCAAGAGCAGCUUCGUGGCCGAGUAUACAGCAGAGUUCUCGCAUACACAAGCAAUCAACGUGGACUCCAGCGGCGGUGAAAUUACAACACCCAACUACCCUCAGGUGUACUCUCGCCUCUUGAAUUACAGAGUCUUUCUGAGGGCGCCUUAUGGUCGCCAGGUCGAGCUGACCGUGGGUGACUUCGACAAGGCGAUCUGUUUGGCCGGUUAUGAUUUUGAAAUAUAUGACAUGCAGGAUGGCGUGGAAGGCAUCCCUUUAAAGAUUCUUGGAAACUGUUACAUGGACAUGCCGACCAGUGUAGUGACCAGCAAGGGUGAAAUGUUGAUUAAACUUAUUACAAACAGAAACAGCUACAGUCCAAACAUCGGUGGAUUUCGGCUCAGAUAUGCACUUUCUGACGAAACAGACUCUGGCAAGUACAAAGACCUCGAGAAUGACAGGAAUACCAUGCAAUCAGCCCUGAUUGGUGUUGGUGUUGGUGCUGGGGUGGUUAUCCUUUGUCUGGUCGCAGUGGUAUUGAAGCUGUCCACGAAACAAGGCUCGAAGUCCAGACCGAGUGUGCAGGCCACUCAAAACAACGGUAACGUGAUCGCUGUGCAACCGGUCAACCAACGGGCCGCCAAUGUGGGCGAGGACAAUCGCGCCUUCAACAUCUAACGGCACCUUACAGGAUCCAGAAAUCUCUAGGAUGAUGACAAAGCAAUGAAGAACACUAAGCUGCAACUCAAUCAACGCAAAUGAUUCCUGCAAAAUCUUGGUUUUAUAAAACAUUCCACCCAUAAAUACAAAUGAGCAAUCACUGUAUUUUUUCUUCAUUGAUAUCUUUGGAAAUUUGUGAUGAAAGGUUGCUCGAGUAGGUCUUAUUAACGACAGCAAACCCGGGAUCAGUUUCAGCGCUAAUGUUGCAUUAGCAUGUCAAACAUACACGUAGCUGUAGUUUGAACACUAUGCAACGAUGCACAAAUGCACAAUGUACAGAUUAGUUGGUCAGGAUCCUGUAGUUCUUCACUUUUAGGUACACUUACUGUACAUGAUGUGCUUAACUAGUCUCAGUCUGAAAUAUUACGAAACUGUUUUGCUCAUGAAGAUUAUAAAAUUCAAACUGCAAUUAUCUCAUAAAUUAGUUCAAUUUAAAAUCAUUGUAAUUAUAAAUAACUGUCAAGUUAAUUACCCACCAAGUGCUUCUUUAUUUUAAUAGUUUAUAAAACUUUCUAUGACAUUUUACUCGGGUGAGAGCCAUCCCUGCUUUUUACUUUUCAUUUACCUUUGUAUUUGCUACCAGUACCAAUUAAACUUAGAUAGCAAGUCGUUUUUUCUGCAAACGUGGCUUCCCCAAACCAUCACCCCAUGCCUUGGACAAUGCCUUGGACAAAGGCACACUGACUGAAUAUUAUUUUAAAUGAAGGAGUUUCGUAAAACUACAUUUCGUUUUAAAUCCCACUUCCCUGAUGUUCUAGGCAUCUGAGUAUCACAACACUCUGGUGUUAAAAUCAACACUUUUUGGUGUUCUCAGAUGACCACACCCUAGGGUGUUACUUUAACACCGCUGGUGUUACAGUGCACUGAGGAUGUUAAAAUAACACCAAAUAACACCAAAUUUUUUAACACCAGAGAACAGUGUUGGUGAAGUCUCCUGAUAAUACCGGGGGUGUUAAAUUUAAGAUCUUUGUUUGGCAGUGAACUGAAAGUGAACGACAUCCCCAACCCGAAAACCGACUGUACAGUGAUAUGUUUAAACACAUAGGUCUAAACCGAUGAAUCUGAAUGUCCACUUUAACAUAAUUAUUGUGGCAGCAGCGCCUAUCCCAGUACUUGUCACACCAUUUGUGGUGAGGGGAUACCAGUGCCUUUUCCCACAAAUAUUCAUGAACCUUACGCACAGGUGAGUGGUCACCUGCAAAAUAUUAACGAAACGCAGAGAGAAACAGCUUGCUUUGUGGAAAUUGUCCACCGUACUAUCAAGGGAAGACAUGACCAUACAGAUAUCAGAACAAUAAGAUACAAGGAAACCUCAAUUCCAGUAUCACCACUUAGAAAGGUGUCAAGGAAACUAUGCAGAGAUGCUUGCUUUUGAAACAAAUCGGGAUUUGAUCAAAUCAGGAUGAACCAGGCACACCGAGAUCUCAUGCGAGCUGUGAGGACAAACAACAUUGGGAGUUACAUGACAAUUCUUCCUACUCCUAGAUGUCGUUUUGGUACUCAACCGUCCCAAUUAUGCUCGUUGGGGCGUACUCUUUCCCACCAAACUAACUUGCAAUUGCAGACCCGAUGAUGUGUUCGGUACUAGGAAAAGGAACGUCCAAGGCCUUUUCCAGGGCAGCAGUAGACCUGCCAAUGGACCAAAGCAUUAACAGAGAUCUUUUUUUCAGAGAUGCGGCAUGUCAUUUUUUUAGAGAUGCGGCAUGCCAAAUGACAGGAAUCUUGGAUUCCAGAACUCCAAUUCAAUACGGCAUUGGUGUAUGACAUCAAACCAAAGAGGAAUGUCAGUGACAGAGUAGCGACGUGUAACAGGCAGGACUUUUACCUGAAGAGCAGCCAAGAACACACUUCCUCCAUGUCGAAUCAAGAAAGAUAACUGCCAAAUUAAGCCUCUGUUAAAGGCUGUAAGUGAAUCAUGUAAUCUCUGCACCUGCCAUCUCGUCUUCCAGCCUGUUGAAUAUUACCGGAGGAAGAAGAGCCUUCUCCACUACACAGGAGUACCUCAUUGAUUCGCCGUGCUGGUCGUGGGCUGCAGCUGAAAUUCAGGGAGGAAUGUGCCGAGGACAGCUCCAGGUUACUGAAGCCAAUAAAACGGUGAAAAGUAAAUAAAUUUGCAUGUGAGAACGCAUUGGAAUCUUCAUAUACCAGCUUGUUUCUCAUGAUUUACGUCAUUCUUUUCAACGUGUUUCAAACUAAUUAUGUUAUUCACUAACACCAGACUAGACAGUCAUACCCCUCUUGUUCAGACUUCUCCAGCAAAAAAGACCAUUAUUAAAUACCAAGGCCCAAAACGUUGCAAUUCAUUAAGUCGUAUACCCUCCAAAGAGCCUCCGGUAGUGAACAGUCAACGAGACAAGUUAAUUCCAUAUGCUGGUGGUUAUUUCCCAAAACACCAACAUGUCACUAUCUACCCCAUCCCAGAUGUUCCUCUAUCCAUCAUUCCUCCUGAUGGUUCAAUCAUAAACACGGAAAAGAGCAAGCUGGAGUCAAUGCAAGAUGGCAUGGAAACCCUUCCUCAUAUUGCUGCAAGUUUGAUUGAUGGUGGACUACUGCUUCAUUCGUACCCUUCGGCGAUUGGCCACAUAUCAUCCUACAAAAGUCUUGCAAGAAGUCUUUUGAGCCAUUUGUGCACCAGCUUUAGCAAUUGAAAGGAAAUACACUUCGUAUUUGACAGAUACGUGCCUGAUUCACUGAAAGAAAGUGAACGGAGAUUGCGUGGGGUGGAGGAUUUUGUCAUGGUAGUGAGCAACGGCCAAAACAGAAUUGCCAAAAGCUAUUACAGAAUGGCAACAUCAAGGAUGAACUGGCCAGAUGACAAUACUGUAACCUUCAUCAAUUUCUCGUGAAGCAUGUCAUCACGAGAGGAACUGAAGCAAGAAAUGGCUUAGGUCUACAUGUCUUUCCUAUACGGAAUGAACGCAUGUCUUGACAUACCAUCUUUAAAUGAUGAUUAGAAGUCUUGAUACUUCUUGAUUUUCAAUCAUGUAUUAUAUAGUUAUAACUGUAAUGUUUGGCUUGCAAUUCAAUGAACAAUUUUCUAAUUCUAUGUGUGAUUCAAUUAAAUAUACUUGUUUUUGUGUAGAUUCUUAAAUUUGCUGUUCUAUAUUACAAAUAUUUUAAACUAAUUUCCAGUCUUAUUAUACUUUUCACUUUAGCAUCAUCAAUUUUAUUAAUACAUAUGUAAUUAAGCCUCCAAUAUCCAGAUACUAUGUUAUGAAAGAAAGGCAUUAUCACUACCGAAAAUCCAUAGUAGGUUGUAUUAUGGUCAAGCGCCAUUUUGUCGCAGGCCGUGAAAGACGGCGUCUUUAUUUAUGAACACUGGAGGGCGUAUCCUUCCCAGCACUGAAGCACCAUGCAGGCGUGGAAGUUCAAAUAUCAGGAAGUCUGUUCAAAACUGCUUUUGUGUAAAAUAUUAGCCACCAAAAUUGAAUUAGCGAUGUCACCUAAAGGAAGCCGUUAAAAGGUUAAAGAUGCCUCAAAUCUGAUUCUAUUGCUAUUUACAAAUCCUGCUGUCUGUUCUAAAAGAAAACGUGUCUCAUUGGAUUUUUACGUCUAAAGUUACGUAAUGACUAUAUAUCGAUCUUUGCAAGCCAAGAAUCAAGAAUCUUUGUCUCAGUAAUUACAUAUUCAUGAAUAGGUGGAGAAUUUGCCCUAUGGUGCUUUCUACUUUGGGGUACCACAAAAACCCGGUGAGUGAGGUGAAAUUGGCAGUAGUGCCUUGAACCUCACCGCUUAAAGGUAACAAAAAUAGAAAACAUUUACAUGUAGUUCACUUAAAGUAUAUUAAAAUAACAAUAACCACGGAAUCAUUUCAAAACAUCACAAAUUUAACGUUUACCCCAUUAAAUGUGACCCAAAAAUGAGUAAAAAGAUCAUGCGUUUCCCCGCCUACAAAAAAUCCCCUCUUGGCCGUUUGCGCUCCAAGGCUGAUUGGAUGACGUCAUCGCCAGAACGCUUACAUGUACAGUGUACAUGUACAUUGUACAUGUGGUAUCGCACGCUUCAAUAGACCAAGAUACGUGAAGAUGUAGCUUGGCCCACAGGCAAUUAAACACUGUCUCAAUUCAAGGUAGAAAUUUAUAAGGACACAGUCCUAAGGUGUAUCUCUUGAACUAAGACACUCAGUUCGAGCAGCCGACUCAUGAACAACAAAUCGAACUGUUCGUGAACAUACUAGAGCUCGCUGCCCGAACUCGGCCAAUAAAGGCGGCAAUGCGUAUUCGCAUAGCUUAAUUAAUAAGGUGCAGAAAAGUGUCAAAACGAUUUUCUGUUGACUACAUCAAAAUGUGAACUUUUCAGUGCAUGGAAAAGCCAGAGGAAUAAAAAAUAA